AAGUCUCUGUGACUGUUCCCCUCCUGUACUCUUUGCCUUCCGUUCUCUGCUCCGAUCGGUUUACGUAUCUUGUUCGGUGUAGUGAGACGAUAGGAAAUGGCGCCACAGACGAGGAGACUGGCGUUUCCUAAAGUGUUAAUUGAGAUGAACUCGGACUCUGAGCAGAGCUCAUCGGAAGAAGAGGAGGAGGAGGAGGAGGAGGAGGAGGAGGUAGAGGCGAAGGAAGAGGAAACUGUUGUGCUGAGUGAAAAUGGAGAGGAAAAGGAAGAGGAAGAUGUGGACGUGAAGAAGAAAGGGAAAGCACUUAUCACUAUUAGCCUCAAGAAAGUUUGUAAAGUUUGUAAGAAGGCAGGACAUGAAGCGGGGUUCAAGGGUGCUACAUAUAUAGAUUGCCCUAUGAAACCCUGCUUUCUUUGCAAAAUGCCUGGUCAUACUACAAUGAGUUGUCCACAUAGAGUGGCCACAGAACAUGGGGUUAUCCCAGCACCCCAUCGAAAUACCUUUAGUUCCUUGGAAUAUGUUUUUGAGCGCCAGCUGAGACCAAGAAUCACGCCAGUCAAGCCAGCAUAUAUAAUCCCAGACCAAGUGAAUUGUGCGGUUAUCAGAUACCAUAGUAGGCGGGUGACAUGUCUGGAGUUCCAUCCAACAAAAAACAACAUUCUUUUAUCUGGGGAUAAGAAAGGACAAUUUGGUGUGUGGGAUUUUGAUAAAGUGUCUGAGAAGAUAGUUUAUGGGAACAUACACUCGUGUAUACUUAACAAUAUGCGAUUUAACCCCACAAACGAUGGUAUGGUGUAUGGUGCAUCUUCUGAUGGAACUGUCAGUUGCACAGAUUUGGAGACUGGAAUUGCAUUAUCUCUUAUGAACCUUAACCCUGAUGGAUGGCAGGGCCCAAACAGUUGGAGAAUGCUUUAUGGAAUGGAUAUCAACUCAGAGAGAGGUGUUGUACUUGUUGCUGAUAAUUUUGGUUUUCUCCAUGUGGUGGAUGCUCGCUCCAACAGCAAAACGAGGGAGGCAAUUUUGAUCCAUAAGAAAGGUAGUAAGGUUGUAGGACUCCAUUGCAAUCCUGUUCAGCCUGAGCUUCUUAUGAGUUGUGGAAAUGAUCAUUUUGCUCGUCUAUGGGAUAUGCGUCGAUUAGAAUCUGGAUGUGCCCUCUACAGCCUUGCACAUACACGUGUUGUCAACUCUGCCUUUUUUUCUCCUUUAUCUGGCAGCAAAAUUCUUACCACUGCUCAGGACAAUCGACUGCGUGUAUGGGAUUCAAUAUUCGGUAACUUGGAAUCCCCAAGCCGAGAAAUUGUGCAUAGUCAUGAUUUUAACCGACAUUUAACUCCUUUUCGAGCUGAAUGGGAUCCAAAGGACCCCUCAGAGUCCCUUGCAGUCAUUGGCCGCUACAUAAGUGAAAAUUAUAAUGGAACCGCCUUGCAUCCGAUUGAUUUUAUUGAUCUUAGCACUGGGCAAUUAGUUGCUGAGGUCAUGGAUCCAAACAUCACCACUAUUAGUCCUGUCAACAAAUUGCAUCCAAGAGAUGAUGUUUUGGCUUCCGGUAGUUCAAGGUCACUUUUCAUAUGGAAGCCAAAGGAGAAAUCUGAAAUUGUGGAACAGAAAGAUGAAAGAAAGAUUGUGUACUGUGGUAAAACAGAGAAGAAGCGCAACCGGAAGUUUGGGGGUGACAGUGAUGACAAUUCUGAUGAUGAUAUUUGCAGCACAAAGGGCAAAAAGUCAAGGUUCAAAAUGUCUGAUAUGAAAUCAGGUCGCCUUACCUCUAAAGCUAAGCCAAGAUAGAUAAUAAAUAGUAACCUAAAAAGCGGGAACUCUCUACCCGCUACAUUGCAGGAAAAUUUUUGUGCAAACCUUUACAGAUUGCUGAUUUUGGCUCCUUUCCUCCGGGGAGAACUUUUCUUUGUUUGCAGAAUGUUUAGCUAUUUAGAUCAACACAUCACUGCCUUUUGUUUCCUUAAUUGUCUGUAUGCGAGAAAGGAAGUAUUUUGCUCUCGGGGUUUGGUUGUGAACAUACAAGUAGGGUUGUAUAUAAUAUUUAGUUGAAUUUAUUUUGCCCAACGUUAAUAACUCA